UGAUUACGAGACAUUGAGUGAAAUUCUUAAAUUUAGUUAAUAGAAGUAUGAACUACAAUUGGGCAAUAUUGUUGAUAUUGCAACUGUCAGUCUUCUUUAUGCAUCUCUGGGAGGCAGAAGGCGGACACAUUAGAAGUGGUUGUAAAAAGCACAAACAUAGGCACAGAAAAUAUUCCGAUACGCGAUCAGCAACAAGCUUCCCAAAGCCAGACGAAAAUUAUAAGGACAGGCAUCUUCGAAAACCACCUGGUGUGACUCCGAGAAUUUUUCCAUUUCUUGUUUUACCAAUUUUGGGCAAAAUAGCUUUAGGAAAAGUGGUCAAAGUUGCUGCCGUACAUGCUGUCAAGAAAGUUGGCGCAAAAAUAAUAAAAAAUGUUGGCGCAAAAGUAAUAAAAAAAGUUAUAAAAAAAGUUGGCAAAAAAGUUAUAAAAAAAGUUAACAGUAAGGCAAGGAAGGUGAAAGAGGUUGCCAAAAAAACAGUUAAAAAAGAAAAAAAAAAGGUUAUUGAACACGCUUCAGAUAUUGUCGAAGAUACUUUCGACACAGCAGUUCAAUUAGCAGAUGAAAAUACUACUGAAGGCAUUGAUGUCGCUACUGAAGCUCCUAUAUAUCCUGAAGCUCCAACAUAUCCUGAAGCUUUUACAUAUCCUGAAGCUCCUAAGUAUCCCGAAGCUCCUAAACAUCCUGCACAUCCAGAAGCUCCUACAAAUCCUGAAGCUUCUAAAUAUCCUGAAGCUCCUAAGUAUCCCGAAGCUCCUAAACAUCCUGAAGCUGCUGAAUCUUCUAAAGCUCCAAAAGCUCAUGAAUCUGCAAAAGCUUCUGAAUCUCUUAAAACUUAUUAUGAUUACGAAGAUCCUGAGAAACCCGACCAUGUAAAUAUUUUAAUUAUUACCUAAGCUGCUGAAACUGUUGUUGCUGAUUCUGAGCACGACGUUAAUAAUUAAAUAGAUGGAGAUAAUCCUAUAUAAGUCGAGCCUCUUCCAAUCAAGUGGUUUAUUUACCAAAUUCGUUCUACUUAAAUCAAUUAUAGCUGUGAAUCAAUUAUAGCUAAUCUUUACUUAUAGUUUAUUUAUAAAUUGAAUUUUUCAACGUGUAUAUAUUUUUUUUACUCAAUAAUUAACAGAACUAAGUAAUAAGAAU